GCAUGUAGCAACAUCAUGCCUGCUGAUCCGCACUAUAACUUUUUGGUUUGUUUAUUUUAAUUUACAUGUCCAUUAUUUUAUUUUUCAAAGCAUGCGAAACCAUAUUUAAACAUCAUAACAGUCACAGCACGUGAACACAAAGAACUGUUAAUACGAUGCAGGUAACGUUAUUGAGGCAGUUGGCACAAUACAAGUGUGUGAGAUCAAUAGGUUUCACCCCUGGUCGGUUCUCGAGGGUGGACAACUUUUCAACAAGCUGUCAAUGGCGAGCACGCAAAAAGGUCAGUCAGUACAGCACAGUGGACACGGAGCGCUACUCAUCCCUGGUUCGUGCGGUGUUGACAAAAACCAGCUCACAGACUCCUGAAAGCAUCGAGGAUGAAGACUCUAAGCUGUUUGGACCAAUAAUAAGAUCCAAACCUCAUUCUCAGCAGCCCAGAGAACCUAAAAUCCUGCAUCCACUAUUAAAUGAGGCCAAAGGUCUGUCAGAGUAUGUCCCAGGACCUUUGGCUCAUAUACCAUUAGAGAGGGACUCUAAUAAGACACUUAUACCCAGUGUCACCCGCAUCCUCCAGCAGACGAUGCCACCUGAACAGGCCUUUUACCUGGAGAGGUGGAGGAGAAGGAUGAUUGCUGAACUUGGAGAGGAAGGCUUUAAAGAAUACAGCUUGAACAUUUUCAGACAAGGAAAGCUGUUUCAUGCUGCUAUUGAGAACACUUUCACUCAGGAAACUGUCUCUAAGGAGGACACUGAGUGUCCAGCAGAGGUGUCCGGAUAUAUGGAGAGUGUUUCUCAUGUGUUGACUGAUAUAUCAGGAGUGAGAGCUAUUGAAAGUGCUGUACAUCAUUCAGCAUUACAGUAUCUGGGCAUUGUAGAUUGUGUUGCCCAAUACAGAGGUUCAUUGUGUGUCAUUGACUGGAAGACCUCAGAGAAGCCGAAGCCUCUACUUCACAAUACUUAUGACAAUCCAUUACAAGUAGCUGCAUACACUGGUGCCUUGAACAGUGACAACAACUACAGCUACCAGGUAGAUAAUGGCUUAAUUGUGGUAGCCUACAAAGACGGUUCACCUGCACAUGCUCACUUUCUGAACUCCAAGCAAAUUAAGCAAUUCUGGGAGAAAUGGCUUCUUCGACUAGAAGAGUUUGCAGAAAAAUAAAACCCCUUUGACUAGCAUAACAAUUCUAGAUAAUGCUACACAAUGUGUAGUUCAACUGUAAAUGUUUUUCAUUUGAUACAAAGAAUAAACAUUUGUGUUUUACACA